GCUUCUUUCACCUGCAACAAUAGUUAGUCAGACACCCCGGUAGCUUGCUAGACAAAAUAGCCGAACCAAUAUAUCUCUUUAGACGCUUUAGUGUAUAUUAGCCACUGUGUUUUAAACCCACUUCUAUCGUCUAGUUAGUAAUCCGAUUUAAUUUCAUAUUUACGGUGUUGUUAUUAGUCAGCGAGCGGGCUUGUUAAGUUAGCAUUAGCCUAGCUAGCUAACAUCCCCGACCAUGCGGUCACUAAGUUACUCUCCUGCUAAAGGAGAGGAGGAUAUCACAGUAAAACAAGAAGUAGAGAGUGAGGCCAUUACUGUGAAAGAAGAGGAAGACGAGUUCAGAGUGAAAGAGGAGGAUAUCACAGUAAAACAAGAAGUAGAGUGUGAGGCCAUUACUGUGAAAGAAGAGGAAGACGAGUUCAGAGUGAAAGAGGAAGAGGAUGUUACAGUAAAAGGAGAAGGGGAGGCAGUUUAUGGAGUUAAAGAGGAAGGAGAGAUGACUGUUACAUCGAAAACGGAGGAGGAAGAAGAGGAGGAAACUGGAUAUCUGGGCCCGGUUUCCCAAACGCAUCUUAAGGCAUCCAAUGGUUCUAACGAUGAAUUUAGCCAUAAGAUGGUUUUAGGAAACCGUUCCCUGAUUAACACUAGAGAGAUACGGGACUAUCGUGGAUCCUCUGGGGAGCCUCAACAACCUCAUGAUGCUGACGAGGCAGAGAAGAGUCUCUCCAGAUCAGAACACCUCAAUAAACACCUGCAGAGAUCCACAGGGAAGAGAACUCAUUGCUGCUCUGACUGUGGGAAGAGAUUCAACUCAUCAGGCAUUAAAAUGCAUCAGAGAACACACACAGGAGAGAGAACUUAUAGCUGUGAUCAAUGUGGGAAGAAUUUUACUACAUCUAGCAAUCUGACUGUACACCAGAGAAUACACACAGGAGAGAAACCUUAUAGCUGUGAUCAAUGUGGGAAGUGUUUUCCUAGAUCUGGCUCUCUGACUUUACACAAAAGAACACACACAGGAGAGAAACCUUACAUCUGUGGUCAAUGUGGGAAGAGUUUUACUGCAUCUGGCUCUCUGACUUUACACCAAAGAACACACACAGGAGAGAAACCUUAUAGCUGUGGUCAAUGUGGGAAGAGUUUUACUACAUCUGGCUCUGUGACUUUACACCAAAGAACACACACAGGAGAGAAACCUUAUAGCUGUGAUCAAUGUGGGAAGAGUUUUUGUCAAUCUGGCCAACUGACAGUGCACCAGAGAAUACACACAGGAGAGAAACCUUAUAGCUGUGAUCAAUGUGGGAAGAGUUUUGUUCAAUCUAGCUAUCUGACAAUGCACAAGAGAACACACACAGGAGAGCCAAUGUAUAGCUGUGACCAGAGAUAAUCUGAUAAAAGUUCUCUGACUAAUCAUCAGAAAAUACAUGAAGGAGUUUUCAUGAUAUCAAUGAAAUGAUGUCACAAUGUAGAAUGUUUUAACAUUGUAGUAGGAGUAUUUUAAUGAUGUCACAAUGUAGAACCCUAAAUGUUUGUCCCCUGUUCUAUUGAUUUCAACAUGAUAUGGAUUUUAGCCUCAGGGGGAAAUCCAGGCUCUGAAUUGGAAGAGUACUAUUUAUGUGAUUUAGUAAGUACACAUUAUCCCCAGAUUCCGUGUGGUUUUUGAGCUGUUAGUUUUAACAGGAAGUGCAACCUCAUCUCCUUCCUGUCGCACAAAUGAUUUUAGCAUGAAAUUGAUUAGUUAUGACAAAUAAGUGUUGCGUUCCUUUGUUUAGCGACCCCUGCAUUUAAAUGCAUUCCAACAUCACGUACAACCUGAUUUCCCCCCUAAUUGAAAUCAGUGAUUUAUUGCUACUUGUCAAAACAGCGUUUCUGGAAAUAUGAUUAUUGUGGCAGAUGUUUGUGUAAAUAGCACAUGUUAUGUUUAGGUUUUCAAUUUAUCCCAAACUGUUUCUGCAUAUUGGUUAUUGAUUUGGACACGUUAUUACUGUGUUUUGACAUUGAGGCUAUCCCACCUAGCACAAUGUAAUUGAAAAGACGUUGAAAAUAAGACUAUGCAAUCAAAAAAAAAUGUAUAUAUUUUAUUAUUAUACCAUGCCUUACCAUUAAGUUAAUUAUUGACAAUACAUAUUAACAAAGGGGUGUCUAUUUGGUUUUGAUCAUUCAUAUUUACAAUUCAUGUAACUUUUAGUAAUCAUAAUUAUUUAUGCAAUCAACUGACAAUUUACGGGUAUAAUUAUAUUGACAUUGUUGCCCUUCUUUUAGAAUAGCAGGUUUAAUUCUCAGAUGUGCCAAACCAAAUUUACUAGAGCAUGACAUUGGGGACUGGGUCCCGAUCCAACAACAUGCCUAUCGAGUGAACUCUGAAAAGAGAGAGAAGCUCCGCAGUGAGGUGGAAAGUUACUACGGAUAUUGCAGGAGUUUCCUCUUGAAACCAGACAUGUCCGUGUUAAGGACAACUUGGUUGCUGGUUGUUUCAAGGGGGGCAGUCAUAGUUUUGCGUUUAGCCAUUGCGUUGCCAUGGAUCACAAUUUAUUUUGACUGCACGGUUUUCCGUAUUGGAGAUGAGUUUUGUUUGGGCUCGUUCCAAGGGGACGAGAGUUCUAGAAGCUAGUGAGUUUUAGGAAGACGAGAGUUCUAGAAGCUAUUGA